AUGGACGACGCCUACCAUGUUGCCGACUCGACUGACUGGCUCAACACGCCGCUGAAAGAGCUGUCAAGCCUGGAAAAUGCGUUACACUGCCAGAUUUGCAAGGAGUUCUACGACACGCCCAUGAUCACGUCAUGUAACCAUACCUUUUGCUCGAGAUGCAUACGAACGUCUCUGUCGGCCGAUGGCAAAUGUCCCGCAUGCCGAGCGGCGGAUCAGGCGAACAAGUUGCGCAACAAUUGGGCCGUGCAGGAGGUUGUGUCUACUUUCCUGGCCGCGAGACCGACCGCAUUGGCUGUGGCGCGGAAAGCGCAGGAAGAGGCAGAAGAUGCGCCGAAACGACCUGGCAAACGGAAGCGAGGCACCGCUGCAGACUUGGAUGAUGGUGACCAUGCUGCAUCGUCACGGCGAACAACGCGAAGCAAGAGUCGCAGGACAGCAGCUUCGCAAGACUCCCAGCCGGAGACAAUCGAGAUCGAGGAUAGCAAUGACGAGGGAGAGGAUAUCCCGCCGGAGCCAGAGGUGAACGAUGGCCUUGUCGAAUGUCCUCUCGCUUGUGGAAAGCGCAUGAAGGAAGAGCAAGUCUUUGGCCAUCUGGACAAAUGUGAAGAUGAGAAAAAGCAAGCAGCUAGAUCGAAGUCGCGGACACCCUUGACCGGAUUCGCCAUAUCGAGACCAUUGUCCAGCCAAAGCACGAGACCACAGGAUCGAAUAAACGAGCUCAACUAUUCCAUGAUGAAAGAGACAGCCCUCACGAAGAAGAUGAAGGAACAAGCUCUACCAGCCUGGGGUAGCAAGCAGCUAAUGAUAACGAGGCAUAAAGAGUGGGUGAAUAUCUGGAAUGCGAAUUGCGACUCGAAUCAUCCACGAUCAAGGCGAGAGCUGCUACACGAUCUCGAUGUCUGGGAACGGACUCAGGGAGGGAAGGCACCGAAUGCCUCAGGGCUAAGCAAUACCAUUAUGCGAAAGGACUUUGAUGGUUAUGCAUAUUCGCGGAGACACCAGGAUGAGUUCAGCAGGCUUAUCGCGGAUGCAAAGCGCAAGAAGAACAAUCCAGCGACGGAACCGGAGAAAGUGAAGGAAGUAGCUAUGCUCGAUGGGACUGACGAAUCGCCGCCGACCAGAAAUGGCGACACACACAGCAGUCCUUACUUCCAAGCUCCGGCCGGACAAGUAUCAAACGGCAAGACAGUACCUUCACUACGCACAGAGGAGUCUGGCGAUCCGACACCAUACGCAACACAUCCCGAAGCACUAGACUCCAUCCGGGCCAAAGUCGACGCCCUCAACCAAGGAAAAGAGAUAAUCCCCAUCAUGAACGAAGGCUUCAAGCCUCCACCACCAACCACCUCAACAUCAACAACUCCAUCGCAUCGUCGCACAUCUAGCACACCCCAACAACUCGACCCAGCCAGCGUCAUGAACAGAAUGACAACAGCCGGCACGCCCAGCGAGUCUCCAGGGCCGGCGAUCGCAAAUCUGAGCCGUCACUCCAGUAGAGACGAGCACUAUACGCAUCAACAUACCGGCUCGCCGUGUGAACUGCCUUCGCAUCUGCAUAAUGAUAGUUCAGAUCCGAAUCCGCCUAGGAAAGUGCCGAUGUUUACGGUGCCGCAGCAUGGUUUUGAUGAUAUGGAUGGAGCGGCGGAGGGACAUUGA